AUGGCCUCCCUCCAAUAUGUAUUAUAUAUAUCCCUAACAGUAUGGAUUAUAACGAUCUUAAGUUUAGUAAAUGGUGACGUAGAUACUAGUGUUUGUGAUCCACAAAAUUACGCUAAAUUGGCAGCUCAAAACCCACCAGAACACCCAGUUCCACAGCUACCUGAUCAUUUUACAGUACGAGUGGAAUGUAACAUAUUAGAUCAGAAUAUUACAAUUGAUAUAAAGGAGUUCUAUGAUGGUCCAAACGAUCGAGGUGCCGUCCAUAUGUGGCAGAAUGGUACUAAUAUACAUUUGCUCUUCAGUUAUAAGACGGACGAACUGUUGGCUAUUGUUGAUCAGGAUGAUGGCAUUGCACAAUGUGCAGUACAGAAACUUUCCACCAGUCCCUUCCAGUAUUUAUUUGGUUUAACAAAAUAUACAAACGGCACAGACCGGGUGUCCUCACCGCAAAUGGCGUUUAAAUUUGGAGGAAACAUACCGGAAGUGUACAAUGGGACAGACGUUGUGCGCGGUAUUAUCGUUAGUAAAUGGGAGAGCUGUAUUUAUUGGGCGAAAGACGAUGCUACCAUGCGGACUACUUAUUACUUCAGUUCAUCGGUUAACUGGACAAACUCACUUGUAGAAGUUGAACCGGUGAGAGCGCAUGUGUUUGGAAGAAGUAAAAACGCUACCGUCACACGUGACUGGGAACAUAUUUAUGAUUUUGCCGAUUUUACAGACAACAUUGUGGGCGAUGAAAGUGAGACAUAUGAAGUCCCCCAUCAAACAUACUGUCCAGGACGUAUUGUAACCAAGGAGAUACCCACAAUAAGCGACGCCUUUACUUUCUCGUCAGAAAUCCUCGACUUAAACGCUCAGACAAUAAAUAUAAUCAAGGAAUAUUAUGACUUUAACAGUCAUCUCUUUCGCUAUGAUUAUUACCCCGAUGUUGCUGAAGGUACCCCAACCUAUGGUACGAACUUGUUGACCAGAAUACAUGACUUCAAUACAGGCGUGGCAUAUAUUGUGGAUACUGUGAAUGGUAAUUGUUCUGUGACCCCCAUAGAUGCUACUGGAUUAGAUGCAGCUGUUGCACCUGGAGGAAAUGCUCGCAUCAGGACAAAGGAGGAAUUUUUCGAUCUGGCGGGGGUAAAUUACGAAUAUACUGGAGUAAAAAAAAUUCGGGGAAUAGACUGUGAUGUGUAUACUGCUCAACGAAAUGAUUGGCCGGUACCAGGAGAUAAUAUUAUCUCGAACUGGGAAUGGUCGUUUGCUACACAAGAUUGGUUAGAAAGUGUUGGUUAUCAGUUUGAAUUUAAUCUUCCAAUUCAGUUUAGAGUUACCUCUUAUGAUACUGACAUAGAUACUGUAUAUAACCUCUAUUCGUAUAAAGAGGACAGACCUUAUAUCUGGAAGUUUGAUAUUUCGCCUUGUUUUAGUUUUGAUAACAGAAAGGAUAUACAGUUUGCCUUAAACGGACAGUUUCGACAGAUAGUGGAACCGAAUGAAUUGUUAUUUAAAGAUUUUGUUGUUGUCAGUAUCGCCGGAUUUAGUAGUGUUUCUCCUCUACGAGUAGCUAACUUACAGUUCUCAUACAUCAAUGAUGAUAUUAUAGUCAGUUUCUCGUUACUGGACGUAGCACCUAUAACCGGUGACGUACAACACAUAAAGGAACUGACGUUAGAAGAAGCUGACGCAUUGUUUGAAAAAACAGUAAAUAGUGGAGAUUUUAUAGUCAAAAUGGAUGUCGAUACAUUCAAUGACUUAGCAACAUUACGAGCUACACCAUAUACUUAUAAAUCAACUGAUGUGUAUUUAAAUGCAGAUAAAAAUGUAUAUAUUACUGCUUCUGAUGGAUAUAGCUCAGGGUCAAUGGCUGGCUUAGGAAUUGCUAUGAUUAUAAUUUCGUUCGGAAUCGGAUUUGGUAUUCUAUUUUUCGUAUUUAAAAUGAAGGGCCGUACAAUGCCGAAUCCAUUUGCCGUUGGGUUUUCGCCAAAACGAUUUGGAGACAAUACAGAGAUAAAGGCUGAAGAGGGCAAAUAAUUUAAAAGGUGUAUUCAUAAAACAGUUUGUGGGACUUUAUUUAAAUCGUUAAAAAUCAUGUACUUUCAAAUAUCACUGUUUACAAAGACCAUUGGAAAUAGUAAAUCUUAUUCGAUUCUGGAAUGACAAAAAAAAACCAACAAAAAAACAAAACAAACAACCCCCCCCCCCCCAAAAAAAAUUUUGAAGAUUAAAACAUGCAUGGAUACACGUAGUUCCUUAUUUCGUUUCGGUUUUAUUUUUUAAUUUGUAUUAUAUAAAUUUUGUUUCAUAAAGGUUAGUAUACAACAACAAAGCGAAAUCCUGAAUAACAGAAAAACAUUAUUAAAUAUUAACAAAUGCA